AUGGACGAACCCAAGGACGACGGCAAGGGCAAGGGAAAGGCCAUUGCCGUUGCCGACCACCAUGCCGGCGCCGCUGACCAGGAACAACCGGAAAGCCAGGAGGAGUUCUUCAGCGACUCCAAGUCGGGCUCCGAGUCCAUCGAGAUCGCCGACCUCAAGAAGCGCCAAGCGCAUGUGGAAGGACCAGCUGCUUCUCAUGAAGCUCGAGGGCCGCUCGGCCGGCCGCGACCGCGCCGGCCACGACGGCGUGCAACGCGCGGGGUUCGUGUACGGCGUCGUGGACGAGACCGGCGUGCCCGUGUCCGGCUCCUCCAACAGCCUCCGCGGCUGGUGGAAGGACGAGGUGGGCUUCGACCGGGUGGGCCCGAUGGCGCUGUCCGUGGCCGCCGCCGGCGGCGGCGGCCUGGAGGCGGAGGGCGGCCCCUGGCGUCGUUCCUCCACGGCCUGCACGACAUCCAGGACAGCACGCUGGGGUCCCUGCUGUCGGCGCUCAUCCAGCACUGCGAGCCCCCGCAGCGGAGCUUCCCGCUGGACCGCGGCCUGGCGCCGCCGUGGUGGCCGACGGGGCGGGAGGCCUGGUGGGGCAUGCAGGGCGAGGCGCAGGCGCACCAGGGCCCGCCGCCGUACCGGAAGCCCCACGACCUGAAGAAGGCCUGGAAGAUCUCGCUGCUGAGCGCGGUGAUCAAGCACCUGGCCCCGCGCUUCGACCAGAUGCGCAAGCUUGUGUGGCAGUCCAAGCGGCUGCAGCACAAGGUCAUCACCCGGGAGGAGGCGCUCGACCGCCACGCGCAGCGCGCGCUGCAGAUCACGCCGCUCGACGAGGAGGAGGAGGACGAUGACGGUAGCCCCGACGACGACGACGCUGGUGGUGGUGAUUCUCCACUAGCCGCGGCAGCGCACGUCGAGAAGCGCAAGCGCAAGGUCGGCGGCGAGAGGGGCACGGGUAGUAGUAGCUGCGGCCUCGACGUCGGCAAGGAGUUGCUGGCGCUGCCAGACAUAGAUUGCGUGCCCGAUGCUGACCGCAGCUCGAUCGACGAGCUCAUGAAGCUCUAUUACCGCUGCCUGCAGGGGACCGACGACGACGACGACGACGGCGAGCACGAGGCGAAGAACGCGGUGGCGCCAGUCCCGGACGGAGGGCAGCAUAGCGGUGUCGCCGCCGUCGGUGUGACCACGCAGGCAGCUGCGCCGGUGGCGCACGACAGCAUGCACCAAGGAGGUUUACAGCGCGGUGGCACGACAUGCUUCACAGUCUUCUGGGAAUCGCUGACGUCGUGGACAUGA